CAUGGCACGGAGCGCAGCGCAGCGGCGGCGGCGGGGCUGGCAGGCCGGCCAUGGCGAGGGGCGAGAGCACCAAGAGAGGCUGCGGGCAGCGCUGCGGGACGGCGGCCGGAUUGGCCGUGCUGGGCUUGCUGUGCCUGGGCUUCGGGCUGGUCCUGCUGCAGACCAUGCCGGGCCUCUUGCGGCAGCAGGUGGCCAAGAAUACCAGAAUCGACCCCAAGAGUGCCAUGUUCACCCUGUGGAAAGACCUCCCGGUGCCAUUCUACAUCUCCUUUUACUUCAUGGAGGUGAUGAAUCCCAAGGACAUCCUUCUAGGCGCCAAGCCAGUCGUCAGCCAGCGGGGGCCUUACGUGUACAGGGAAUACAGGCAGAAAAAGAACAUUACUUUUCAUAGUAACAACACUGUCUCCUUUCUGAGUUAUCGCUCCUUCGUCUUCCAACCAGACCGUUCCAACGGAUCGGAAUCCGAUUACAUCAUGAUGCCGAAUAUCUUGGUUUUGGGAGCAGCCAUCAUCUUGGAAAACAUGCCCUUUGCCAUGAGGGUAGCCUUCAGCAGCGCCCUGGCCCUCUUCCAUCAAAAUGCCUUCAUGAACCGGACAGUUGGAGAUAUCAUUUGGGGGUACAAUGAGCCCUUCACCCAGUUCCUGAGCAGCCUAGGGGUCAGCGUAGGUCCAGGCAAUGAAAAAUUCGGCUUGUUUUCCGACUUAAACAAUUCAAACUCUGGUCUCUUCACGGUGUUCACAGGCAUGGAUGAUAUUAACAAAACUCACAUGGUGGAUUCUUGGAAUGGAUUAAAAGAGGUAUCCUAUUGGCAUUCUGAAGAAUGUAACAUGAUCAAUGGAACCCCCGGAGAACUUUGGCCACCAUUCAUGACCCCAUCUUCACCAGUGGAACUCUAUUCUCCAGAUGCCUGCAGGUCGAUUAAAUUAAACUACACCCAAUCUGGAAACUUCAAAGGCAUACCAGUUUAUCGUUACACGGCCCCGAAGACCCUGUUUGCCAACGGGACUGACUAUCCACCCAACGAGGGCUUCUGCCCAUGCCGGCAAUCCGGAAUCCAGAACAUCAGCUCCUGUAAAUUAAAUGCGCCAAUAUUUAUUUCUCAACCUCAUUUCCUAAACGCUGAUCCGGCUUUAUUGGACACGGUAGACGGUUUGCAUCCGAAUGAAAAGGAUCACGAUCUGUUUGUCGAUAUCCACCCACUGACGGGGAUUCCCAUGAACUGUUCGGUCAAAAUACAACUGAAUCUGUUCAUCAAACACGUCUCGGGCAUCUGGCAAACCGGACAGAUUAAGCCUGUGGUUUUGCCCCUGAUUUGGUUUUCCGAGAGUGGGGAGAUAGUAGGAGAUGUUUUGGACGACUACUACACCCAUCUAAUAACCAUCCCUUCAUUGCUGGAAUACCUGAAGUUCUGCCUCAUGGGCUUAGGAGGACUUCUGCUUUUGGCAGCUGGCUUAGUUGGGCUCAGGACCAAGACAUUGAAUCUUUCACAGCAAAAGGAUCGGUCGGUUGCCAUACAGAUUCCACCUAGAUCUGACAUUAAUUAUGGGUAUCAUGGUCCUUUGAGAAAGGCGGCGACAAGGACUUUGCAAACUGCUGAUCCUCUGGAAGCCACGGAAACAAGCCCACUUCUGCAGGAGGACCCAACAAUCACAGCUCAUGAUAGCAGUAAUACCUGACAUUACUGAUAUUACUACUAGCCUCAGUUCCUCCUUGCGAAGGAUAUCUCAAGAUCUUUCUUCAUCGAGCCUGCUUACUCGCAGACAGGGGGGGGGGGAAUGAAAGGGAACCGAUGGGGAGUGAAAGGGAACUGAUGACUUACAAGACUGUGUGGCCUCUGAGAAGGCAUUGGGGACCCCCUUCCCCAAGCAGACAGCUUACUCCAGGUUGUCUUUUUCUCAUGCCAAGAGUUGAAGGACCUCAAUGGCAACGUUGGAGUUGGAGGACUGAUGGAGAAGCCUUGAAGUGGCCAGACAAAGACUCCAAUCUAUCCCCCCUCCCCUCCCCUUUGCUGGAUCAUUUCCAGCUUCUCCUCCCCAGAAAGUCCUUUGAUCCUUCUUAAAGGGGAAUCACCCACCCUUGCCAGCCUUACCGUAUAAAACAGACGGGACCACACAACCACACCGAGUUAAUUCUUUCUUGUCAGGCUACAUCAACACAACCUUGCAAGUCUGAAAGCACAAUUCUCCCUCCUUUGCACCCUGAGAAAUUUGGGAGGACCCCUUCUGAGCAUCUUUCUCCCCCAUCUGUGGGCUAAGCAGGCUAAUGAUCUAACUUUUCCCUUGGGCGGCAUCUUCCCAAGCACCUGGAAAAUGGGGAGGUUAAGGCAAGUUCAAAUGAGCGUAAGGAUUUAUUGCAAGCUUAAGCUCUCUAGAAUCGGAGCUACUAACGGUCAAGGGGAAGUUAAGAAAGGAAUUCAAGGCAGGCUGGACUUACAUCUCUUUUGGGCAAGCAGGGACUCAUGACUGAUGACGUGUUUGACCCCUCUCCCUCAGAUUCAGCCUGGUCAUCUAUACAUCUUUUAUCGCUACAUCUUUCCCACAUACUAUUACAGCCGUCCCCUUUACAGGAUGAGAAACUAGGGAGGGUUCCUUAUAAAUCCUCAUCUUCCACCUGUUAUGCAGCUGAGGGCUCAGCAGUCUCUUAUUUGACCAUCCCCUUGGCAGUGUCUCUUGGCCCUGUCUUCCAAGGCCUUUCCCACAUGCCAUAAUAGCCACAUGGUUUACAGCCUGAGAAACUAGGGAGGGUUCCUUAUAAAUCCUCAUCCUCCACCCGUUAUGCAGCUGAGAGCUCAGCAGUCCCUUAUCUGACCACCCCCUUGGCAGCCUCUCUGGGUCCUUUUCUCGCAAGGCCAUUCUCACAUUUCUUUUACCUAUGGGGCCGUUCACGUAGCCGUGUCUGUAAAAGAUCCUUUUAAUUGUAGCCUCCCUCCCUUUUUGACGCGAGCGCUUCUUCGUGCACAGCUGCACAAACAGUCAUUCAAUUCCGGCUCUGCGCAGCACCCGAAGACAAAAAUCAAGUGCAAAUUUGUGGAUGCAGAUGAUCAGUUCCUGGUUGGUCUGGGCCUGGAAACCUAUCUUAGCUUUCACCGACAAUCUAUCAGUAUUUAUAAACACCAGCAAAACAUUCAGACAGACCAGCUGGAAAUAGACAUUGGGGCGGGGGGGGGGGGGUUCUGUAUGUGUGUGUGUGUGUGUCUUUGCCCAGGGAACAAACAUUUUUGCUGUGAAACCCAUGAAUCUCCUUCCAGGGGAGACCUCGGCACCCCCAAAGUUCUAUUCUGCCUUUUUCAGCAAGCACCUCCUCUUUUUUCUUUAAAAAAAAAAAGAAGAAAAUAAUUUUAUUCACCUUUAAAAAAAAACAUAACAAAGACUAAUACAGCGUAAACUAGUAAAACAAACCUUUAGAAGGUGCAGAAAAAGAAAAACGACAGAAAGGCAACGAAGAGAAUAAUAAAAAUAAAUCAAGUUUCCACCUUCAUCGCACUGAAGACCAGCUAAUAUACAGUAACUUUUCACCCCUUUUAAAAUUGCAAAUAAAUUAAAAUGAAACCAC